GGCAGAGGAGACGAGAGAAGAGAAGCGAAGAGAGAGGGCGAGAAAAGCUAAGGACUGGUGGCGGCUGGAGGUAGGAGGCGGGGUGCGGUCCGGGCACGCCACGCAACCGCUAUAUCCUCCAAUUCGAAUAUUACCGCGACGGUGACCGUUCCUCGUGACAGUGCCCGGACAGUCAGCAACACCUCCACCAUAUCAAAACCACCUCGCUCGUUCAAACGCCGCGAAGUAACAUCGUAACCCGACGCGUGAACUCACCUCGUCACGCACCCAGUACAGAGUAGUAUAAUACCAGUGUUUAAACAAACCAAAAGAAAGUAACCGUUUUAAAGUAAAAAAAAAAAAAAAAAAAAGACCCGCGCCACCAUGGUAUGUUCUAUUGAUGAUAUCGCCGAUGAACUUCCCCCUGAACAAAUUGCUGUCCUCCGCAAAGCGUUCGACAGCUUCGACAGGGAGAAGAGCGGAAGCAUCCCCACCGACAUGGUGGCCGACAUCCUCAGAUUGAUGGGACAGCCCUUCAACAAGAAGAUUCUCGACGAGCUGAUCGAGGAAGUCGACGCUGACAAAUCUGGACGUCUUGAGUUCGAGGAGUUCGUCACGCUAGCCGCGAAAUUCAUAGUCGAGGAGGACGCUGAAGCCCUGGAGAAGGAGCUUCGGGAAGCGUUCAGGCUCUACGAUAAAGAAGGAAACGGCUACAUCCCGACUACGUGUUUGCGUGAAAUCCUGAGAGAACUCGAUGACCAGCUUACGGAUGAAGAACUUGACAUCAUGAUCGAGGAAAUUGACUCCGAUGGAUCUGGCACCGUUGAUUUCGAUGAAUUCAUGGAGAUGAUGACCGGAGAAUAAACUGAAUCUUGACUGGUGAUACAGCACAAUCCAACUCAAAGACAAUGUAUGUGCGACGGUCGCGUUACUUCAAAACUAAUUAUCUGCGUGUUUCUAAAAAAGGAAAACAAAAAAAUCUGUAAUGCACGAGAACAGUGUCUGAAAGAGCGUACAAGUCUCCUCUUAACGUCAUGACGCGUCUCCGGUUCUUCAGGGGCAAGUUCGUCGGAUCGCGAGACUUACUUUUAUCAUGGAAUGUCUUCAGGUGGCUACACCCACACAAUGGUCUCGCGCCAGAUUUUCAUCCCGUUUAACGAGUGCCGCAAAUUAACCGUUUCGUGCGCGAAUUAUAAUUACUUGUAAUGUAACGGCAUCACAGGUCUCAUACACACAUGCAUCACACGCCUGCUAAGUUUUUCAUGGACAGUAUUUAUUGUUGUUAAUAAAAUACCACUGAAAACGA